GAAAAUCAAAAAACGGGAAUUAAUUAAACAUUAAAAAUGAGUUUGGUUUGGACUUUGAUCGCUGGAUUUCUCUAUGCGGAAAUCGCCCUGGUCCUUUUGCUGGUUCUCCCAGUAAUCAGUGCCUACAAAUGGAACCGUCUCUUCAAGUCGAAAUUCCUAACGAUGUUGGGCCAACAGGCGCACAUAUACUUUUUCCUGAUCAUGGGACUCCUGGUUUUGUUCCUCCUGGAGGCGAUUCGCGAGAUGAGGAAGUACUCCAGCUUCGAGCAGAUUGGCGAGGUUCACCUCAACGUGGAGAUGCAGCACAGCAUGAAGUUGUUCCGGGCGCAGAGGAAUUUCUACAUCUCCGGAUUUGCCAUCUUCCUGGUUUUGGUCAUCCGCCGGCUGGUCAGCUUGGUCUCCGCCCAGGCGAAUCUGCUGGCCCAAAGCGAGGCCUCCAUGAAGCAGGCACAGAGUGCCACCGCAGCCGCUCGUUCCCUGAUGGAGGACAAGAAGACGGAGAAGGCCAAGGAGGCUGGCGAGGACACCCAACGAAACUCAAACGAAAUCCGAAUUUUGCAGCUCAACAAGUUGCGCGAACGCGUCCAGGAGCUCACCAGCGACCUGAACCGCGAGAAGAAGGACAAGGAGGCGGUCAAGUCGCAGGCCGAGAGCCUCAACCGCGAGUACGACCGACUCACCGAGGAGUACAGCAAGCUGCAGAAGCAGAUCACCAUCGGCGGAGCCGGAAGCAAGGAUGAUUAAGCUCAAACUCCCUGUGGAACCGAGUCCAACAUUUAAAUAACGAUAAGACUUAUAAACAUGGCGGUGGGGCAGCUAAAGCAGGCACAUUUAAAAAGAUUAUAAACGAUUUCAAAUCGAUAAAAAGCACACACAUCUCAAUGUUAAUCCUCAUGCACACACAAACCUACUAUUAAUACCCAUUGAUAACGAUAGUGGGGCUUAUUGAUAAUGUCUCCCAAUUUGCGUUCGUUUUGCCUGAAAUUCUUUGUAUUUAAUUCGUAUGUGUUAAGUUUUGUUUGCCACAGUAACACAACCGAAAAAGCGUCGUGGCUAUUAAAAGAACAACCAUAAAGUA